CGGAAAAUAAACAAAUAAAAUAAAUAUAGCAGAAAAUUUUAUAUUGGUCGUUCUCUUCUAAUAUCCCUUCCCUCUCUAAUUGUAAUAAAAUAAUAAUAUUUCAAAAAGCAUUGGACCAAUGAAAAUGUGCCAACUAAGCGUUACCGACACUUACUAAUCCCACAAAACAUUCUAAACUUUCCUUUCGCAUCCGUUGUUCUGUUCUGUUCUGUGAUCGUUUCUCUUUUCUCGUUCAUCACAAAAUCCUUGGCCACCAAGAUUUUAAUUGCUUCAUUUAAUGCAACUUUUAUCCUUCUGCUAAGGGAAAGAUUAAAACUUUAUACACAAAUAUUUACUGAAGAUCUGAGAUGGGUAUUUUGAGUGCUAUAAUGGGCAUUUUUGGUUUUGGAGUGGGAACUUCAAUUGGGCUUGUGAUCGGCUACUACUUGUUCAUAUACUUUCAGCCAACUGAUGUCAAGGAUCCUGUUAUUCAGCCUCUGGGGGAGCAAGAUUCCAAAACUUUUCAAGGGUUACUUUCAUUGAUACCACUUUGGGUCAAAAUGCCUGAUUAUGAUCGAGUUGACUGGCUGAACAGGUUUAUUGAAAUCAUGUGGCCUUAUCUGGACAAGGCCAUCUGCAAAACCGCACAGACUAUAGCCAAGCCCAUUAUUGAAGAACAGAUUCCAAAAUACAAAAUUGAUUCUGUUGAAUUCGAGGCACUUACCUUGGGCUCCCUACCACCUACAUUUCAAGGAAUGAAAGUGUAUGUAACUGAUGAAAAGGAGUUGAUAAUGGAACCAGCAUUAAGAUGGGCUGGAAAUCCUAACAUCAUGGUUGCUGUUAAAGCAUUUGGUUUGAGAGCCACAGUUCAGGUUGUUGAUCUGCAAGUAUUUGCUCUUCCACGUGUUACCCUGAAGCCUUUGGUUCCACAAUUUCCUUGUUUUGCGAAAAUACUUGUUUCCCUUAUGGAGAAGCCACAUGUUGACUUUGGAUUAAAAGUACUUGGUGCAGAUGCUAUGUCCAUUCCUGGCCUCUAUGGGUUUGUCCAGGAGAUGAUUAAAGAUCAAGUUGCAAAAAUGUAUCUAUGGCCCAAAGCUCUAGAAGUGCAAAUUAUGGAUCCAACGAAAGCUGCAAGGAGACCUGUUGGAAUUCUGAAUGUAAAAGUUGUGAGAGCCUUGAAACUUAAAAAGAAAGACUUUUUGGGGGGAGCAGAUCCUUAUGUUAAACUUAAGUUAACUGAGGAUGUGCUUCCUGGAAAGAAAACUACGGUGAAGCACAAAUCUUUGAGUCCCGAAUGGAACGAGGAAUUUAACAUGGUUAUCAAAGACCCCCAAACUCAAGCAUUAGAGAUAAUGGUUUAUGACUGGGAACAGGUUGGGAAGCAUGAUAAGAUGGGUUUGAAUACCGUUCCAUUGAAAGACCUCACGCCGGAUGAGUCUAAGGUUCUCACAUUGGAUCUACUUAAAAACAUGAACGAAGAUGAUGCUCAGAACGACAAGUUUCGUGGGCAGAUUGUUUUGGAGAUGACAUACAAACCUUUCAAGGAAGAUGAAAUGCCUGAUAAUGUUGAAGAUUCAAAUGAUGUACAAAAGGCACCUGAAGGAACACCUGCAGGUGGUGGUUUACUUGUAAUUAUAGUUCAUGAAGCUGAAGAUGUUGAAGGAAAGUACCACACCAAUCCAUAUGCCAGAUUGCUUUUCAGAGGAGAGGAAAGAAAAACUAAGUAUGUGAAGAAGAACCGGGAUCCAAGAUGGGAUGAAGAGUUUCAGUUUCCACUGGAUGAACCUCCUACCAAUGAUAAGCUUCAUGUUGAAGUUGUUAGUGUUUCUUCAAGAAUGGGUUUGCUCCAUCCCAAGGAAGUUCUGGGGUAUGUGGAUAUAAAACUAGCUGAUGUGGUUAGCAACAGAAGAAUUAAUGAGAAGUACCAUCUCAUUGAUUCCAAGAAUGGAAAGAUACAAAUUGAACUGCAAUGGAGGACCUCUUAACUACUAUUAAUGACUGAUCUGGAUUUGUAAUUUGUAGGACUAAAUCUCAUCUUAGACGGUUAAUUAAGGUUGGCUAAAUACUGCUACUACUACUACUAUAUUGUAAGAAGUGGGGUUGUUUUACUUCACUUUUCUUUUUAAUUAUACAAUUUCAAAUCUUGAAGAGAGUUUCAUAUUA